AAAGGUUUCUACACUUUCUCGUUACUUUGCUGUUCUCGUUUUCUUUUUCUUAUCCGUAAGAAAUUAUAUAUUUUCCGACAGCACUUGAAACCAUCACCUGAGCUGCAUUUGACACUUCUAGCCCCCGGAGCAAGCUGGAUUCAGUAUGUCUGAGAAGGAGCUAGGAAAAAAGUGGGACCGGUGUCUGGCAGAUGGUGCCAUCAAACUAGGUACUGGGCUGGGGUUGGGAAUUGUGUUUUCUGUCCUGUUCUUCAAAAGACACACGUGGCCAAUUUCAUUUGGCUCAGGAGUGGGACUUGGCAUGGCGUAUGCCAACUGUCAGAAUAGCCUGAGGUCACAUUAUUUGCAGCUCAGAAGUGAAGAGGAGCAGUAGCUGCACGUCAUCAGGGGACUUUUUAAAUUUUAUUUUUGCAAUGAUUUUGUUUAAUUUUUUUGUCUUGUCAGCGGGAAUGUCACCAUUUGCACUGUUAUACAGUUUGUCAUGUCUCUUUAUUGAUUAUCUCACCCUAGUAUGGCUGUAUGACGUAUGUGCCUGAUCAGGACAGUCUGUUUAUUUUAAUAAAAUAAUCAUAACUACAAA